AUGAAGGCGUGCGUACUUACGGGCUGCCUCCUGGCGAUUCCCCUGGCCGCAGCUGUUCCUAUACUUCCAACAUCCUCUGCGUCUGGCUAUGGCCUUCCUGGCGAUACUGGCUACCCGCCCGUUCCAAGCCAACGUGUUCCAGUGGACCCGGUGAACGAUCCGUAUGACCAAUUCCCCCAAGCGCAGCCGAAUACCCUCCAGCCUGGAAGGAAUCGAUGCAUGGGCCUCAAAGCUCGAUCGUUCAGUUUCGGCACGCUGGUCGAUAUCUGGAAAAACCCAGCAAAGUAUUCAACCACCUCGCAUGAUUGCAGCGGAGGAUCGAGCAACCUCACCUGGCAUCAUGGUCGAGGUGGCAGCGUGGCGAGGACCGUUCCGGAUGUACCGGCGGCCGGUAUGCAUGAGGCUAAAAUAGAGAUCGCCGCGGACGGUUCGGAUGGAGAACCAAAGGCGCAGCGGGUAAUUCGGCCGGUUCGAGACGUGUUGAAACGUACGCAGACCACAUCACAUUCGGCCGAGUUCCGGCGGGUGGCGCUGUAG